GUAACCAGAUGACUGCAAAAGGGGGCCGAUCAUCCAGAGCUUCAGCGCUGCAGCGGGUGGCUCGUACGCGAGCUAUCAGCGGACUAAACUCCCACGUAUAUCGACGACGUGUCGCUGGCGCUGCUGUCGUGAACUCGCAUACCUGACCCACCGGACCUGCUGCAGUGGCUCUGUCCAUGGCGAUCAGGGGCUACUUCUGAGCGUGCGCUGCAUCAGGAAGACACAGAACGGGACUGCGUGCAUUUUGUCCCUGGUGUGGGGUCGUGUCCAAUGAAGAGGACAUCGGAGGAGUAAUUCCCGGACGGUGUCGCUCUGCCUAACACCAUCCACGCGGCUGGAACACGCAGACAUAUCUCCCAGUACUUCGUAGCAAGAUGCUGCCGCCAGGCGUUGUGCCGUUCCGUCUAGUGCGGGUCGUUGUGUUCACACCACGCCAGCAGGCCCUCCUCCUCCUCCAGCGCUCUGUACAACACGCAGUGCGCCUCCGGCACUCUGCGGCGGCCUGGCUUCCCGCUGCCUUGGCGAAAAGCAAUGGCUUGGGCUCCAAUUCCGUGGCUCGGGAUCCGCGCUCGCGUCACCAGCGGUGCGUUCAUCAGACUGGCGCUGCUAAGCCCACUGCGAGGAGCAUUCGACAGCUUAUGCGUGACGCGCCUCUGCUUCGUUACAAGGAACGGCGCAUUGAGAUCGCCACGUGUGGUGACCUCUACAAGAAAUGGCGCGCCGAGGGUCGCCGUGGCUACCAGGGGGCACCCGAUACGGGCGCUCGAGUGCCGGUUGUGUACAUCCACACUGGGCUGGACCGGAUCGAGCGCGGAGACCGGACAGAGCGACCGCUGUGCUUACUGCUCACGGGGGCACCGGGACAGUACCAGGGCUACAGCUACAACAUCCCUUUCCUCGACCAGAAUGGCGUGGACGUUCUUUGCUUCAACUGGCCCGACUUCGCGUUCAGCUUGGAGACCGGCUACUGGUGGCAUAGCUGCGACGAGAAAACCAGUCUACUCGUCGAUUUCCUCAAGAAACUUCACAUCAAGAACAUCGACAUGCUGGUCAGCCACAGCUCCGGAAGUACUCCCGCGGUGCAGCUGGUGGCCGAGGAAACCGAGAUUAAUGUGAAGUCUUUGGCCCUGCUGAUGCCCGUCGCAACCCGAUACUUCAGGGGCUCCCGCAACCCUCUGCUCUUCAAUGCUGUAGUCAGAUGGGCGAUGAAGAGUCGACGCGGAGCGUGCAUCGUCAAGCCCUUCUUCCAAGCGGUCACGUCGUUGAGCAAGCACCCAACCAGGGGCCGGGCGCACGACGUAUUCUUCGCCUACCACUCGUGCAUCGGAUACGAGGAACAUCGGGUUGAGAAGCAGUUAGCCACAAUUCGGCACCGCUCGAUGCCCACCCUCGUGGUGUUCAGCAACAACGACAAAGUCCUGUCAGACGAAGACAACCGCACAUUGCUGCGGAGGUUGGGCAGCGACCCCGAGCGGACCUGGUUAUACGGCUCGGGCGGGCAUCUCCUCCGGAGGGGUGGUUCCGACAUAGUAAAAGCAAUCGAGCUGAAGGAUGGAUCGCACUACGGAUUCGUACGCUACCCCGACAUCUGCAACGAGGUCCUCAUCGAACUCCUCGACAGGGUGCGACGGUGUUAAUCCAAGCAGCGCUUGUCAUGGCUCACAAGCGCGCUCUCUAGACCAUUUUUACCUCACACUAAUAGACCACUAUACGCUAUACGCGUAUCAGUCAUUCAGCUGGCGUAAUAGGCUAUAUAAUGAGCGUAAUUGCAGGCCUCGCGUGUCGUUUAUUUACCCUGUAUAAAAGCACGCCCUUGAUUAUUAAACCGCUAACCCCAUUAGAGCUAAUAAAGGGAAAAUGAGACAUCCACCCAGGCGUAGCUAAUUGCUACAAAAGAAACCCAUACAGGUUUUUAAGUAGAAUCCUCGCAGUUGAAGAAAAAUUCGUCCUUAUCCGGUACUCGAAAUCGGGACCACCGCCUUUCCGGGGCAGCCGCUCUACCAUCUCACCUAAACAGGCGGCUAACCAGGCGGAAACUUCGUCUUGGUUAUGUUAUCAGAAUAUCGUUUUAACAUUUUCGCUGCGUUCUGAUAGAGGGCAUUAGUUCGAUACCUGCUACAUUGAAGUCUAGUGACGCAUGCCUUUCGCUUUUUUUGUGUGUGUGAUCUCUAUUUACAAGAAUCAUCUGUUUUAUACGGUGCUUUCACUGGCGUGGCCUGAGCCUAAAUGCUGACUUGCAACCACUUCACUUGAAAAUAAAGCACCUGUUCCUCCUGGACUGAGGCUUGGCCUUGCCACACGUUAUUCGACUUUUAUGAACCGCAGGGUCUCGCAUUUUAUGCUUAAAGAUUCGCCUUUGGCUAUACUCCGGGCAAAAUAUACCAUCGCAAU